UCCGCAACUGCGUGACGUCUCGCCUCCUCCAUCUUCCCUCCCUCAGCGACCGCUCGCCUCCGCCCCCUCGCCCUCCCAGCAGGUCUUCCCGGCGCCGCUCUGGCCCGAGCGUCCCCUCGUCUCUCUGGUCGGGCCCAUCCGGCUGCAGAGGGAGGUGCGGGAGGGUGAGCCCCGGGAGCGUCUAAGGGGCCCGGGCCCGAGCCCCCGAAGUCGGGCUCCGCCCCCGGGCCGCUCGCGUCCCACCCCUGGCCGGAGGCAUCUUUCACGCAGGGUCGGAGGGCCGACCGCGCCCGGCCGGCACCCCCCAGGGAGGCCCCCGCCGGCCUGUAGAGCCACUGGCCCCCCUGGAGACCACCCGCCCGGCCGGUCCCUCGCGGCCCUCAGCGCCCGCGUUGUCCUCGGCCGACACCGCCUGUGGGCUCAGCCCGCCCAUGGGGGCCCGUGUCCGUGAGGGACCCUCUCUGCCCGCCGGCAUCGCCCCCCCGGCCCGGCCCUCCCACGGCCCCGUAGGGCUCCUAGAGCCCGUGGUCGGCGGCGGGUCCCUGCGUGGGGGCCGCACCUCCCGGGUCGCCGAGGUCGGGCGGUCGCUCCGCAUGUGAAGGGGUCUGUCGGUCGGAGCCAUGGCCCCGCUGGCGCCGGCGCUGGCGCUGUGUCUGGCCGUGCUGGCCCCGCUGGCCCCCGGGGCCCGGGCCGGGGACUGUAAGGGGCAGCGGCAGGUGCUGCGGGAGGCGCCCGGCUUCGUGACGGACGGUGCGGGCAACUACAGCGUCAAUGGCAAUUGCGAGUGGCUCAUCGAGGCUCCGAGUCCUCAACACCGUAUCCUGCUGGAUUUCCUUUUCCUGGACACGGAAUGCACCUACGACUACUUGUUCGUGUACGAUGGGGACUCUCCCCAGGGGCCCCUGUUGGCCAGUCUGAGUGGGAGCACCCGGCCUCCCCCCAUCGAGGCUUCCUCGGGCAAGAUGCUGCUGCACCUCUUCAGUGACGCCAACUACAACCUGCUGGGCUUUAACGCCUCCUUCCGCUUCUCCCUCUGCCCCGGGGGCUGCCGCAACCGGGGCCACUGUCGGCCCCCAGGCGUGUGCACCUGCCAGCCGGGCUGGGGAGGCCCCGACUGUGGCCUGCAGGAGUGUCCCACCUACUGUGGCAGCCACGGCAGCUGCGCCUCGCUCUUGGGACCAUGCCAUUGCGAGCCUGGCUUCCUGGGCCGCUCCUGUGACCUGCACCUGUGGGAGAACCAGGGGGCUGGUUGGUGGCACAAUGUGAGUGCUGGGGACCCUGCCUUCUCCGCCAGGAUUGGGGCGGCUGGUGCCUUCCUGUCCCCACCAGGGCUGUUGGCUGUCUUUGGAGGCCAAGACCUCAACAGUGCCCUGGGUGACCUCGUGCUGUACAAUUUCUCUGCCAAUGCCUGGGAUCGCUGGGACCUGAGUCCUGCCCCGGCGGCCCGUCACUCCCAUGUGGCUGUAGCCUGGGCUGGCUCCUUGAUUCUGAUGGGCGGUGAGCUGGCAGACGGCUCCCUCACCAAUGAUGUGUGGGCCUUUAACCCGAUGAGCGGGGGCCGCUGGGACCUCCUGGCACCACCUACUUCCAGCUCCCCAGGGCCACCGGGCCUGGCAGGUCACACGGCUGCCCUAGUGGACGACACCUGGCUCUACGUAUCAGGCGGACGCACCCAGCAUGACCUCUUCUCCUCCGGCCUCUUCCGAUUCCGCCUGGACAGCACCACUGGGGGCUACUGGGAGCAGGUGAUUCCAGCAGGUGGGCGGCCCCCCGCUGCUACUGGCCACUCCAUGGUGUUCCACGCCCCUUCACGUGCCCUGCUGGUAUACGGUGGACACAGACCCUCCACUGCACGGUUCUCUGUGCGGGUGAAUUCCACUGAGCUCUUCCAUGUGGACCGGCGUGUGUGGACCACACUAAAGGGUCGGGACGGGCUGCAGGGCCCACGAGAGCGAGCCUUCCACACAGCCAGUGUGCUGGGCAACUACAUGGUGGUCUAUGGGGGCAACGUACACACCCAUUACCAGGAGGAAAAGUGCUAUGAAGACGGCAUCUUCUUCUACCACCUCGGCUGCCACCAGUGGGUGUCGGGGGCUGAGCUGGCUCCCCCAGGGACCCCUGAGGGCCGAGCAGCACCUCCCAGUGGUCGGUACUCACAUGUGGCAGCUGUGCUUGGGGGCAGUGUUCUGUUGGUGGCCGGGGGUUACAGUGGCCGGCCCCGUGGGGACUUGAUGGCCUACAAGGUGCCCCCCUUUGUGUUCCAGGCACCUGCCCCAGAUUACCACCUGGACUACUGCUCCAUGUACACGGACCACAGCGUCUGCUCCCGAGACCCUGAAUGCAGCUGGUGCCAGGGGGCCUGCCAAGCUGCACUUCCUCCAGGGACCCCAUCGGGGGCUUGCCCAGCUGCCAGCUGCCUGGGUCUGGGUCGCCUCCUGGGGGAUUGUCAGGCCUGCCUGGCCUUCAGCAGUCCCUCAGCUCCUCCCCGGGGGCCUGGUGCCCUGGGCUGGUGCGUGCACAAUGAGAGUUGCCUGCCACGACCUGAGCAGGCCCGCUGCCGUGGGGAGCAGAUCUCAGGCACUGUGGGCUGGUGGGGGCCCGUGCCUGUCUUUGUCACGUCCCUGGAGGCCUGCAUCACCCAGAGCUUCCUGCCAGGCCUGCACCUGCUCACCUUCCAGCAGCCACCCAAUGCCUCCCAGCCCGACAAGGUCCUCAUCGUCCGCAGCACCACCAUCACCCUGACACCCAGCCCAGAGACCGACGUGUCCCUCGUCUACCGAGGCUUCAUCCACCCACUGCUGCUGGUGGGGCCAGGCGGGCCUGGGGCUGAGGAUGUGUCUGUGUGGGUCCGGGCCCAGCGCCUCCAUGUCCUGGCCCGGAUGGCCCGGGGCCCCAGCACAGAGAACAUGGAGGAGGUGGGCCGCUGGGUGGCUCAGCAGGAGAAGGAGACGAGGCCCCUGCAGCGCCCAGGGUCCGCGCGUCUAUUUCCACUGCCUGGGCGAGGCCACAAGUACGCGGUGGAGAUCCGGGGCCAGCUCAAUGGCUCAGCGGGCCCAGGACACAGUGAGCUCACCCUGCUGUGGGACCGCACAGGGGUGCCAGGCGGCAGUGAGAUCUCCUUCUUCUUCCUGGAGCCCUACCGCUCGUCAACCUGCACUUCCUACUCCUCCUGCCUGGGCUGCUUGGCAGACCAGGGCUGCGGAUGGUGCCUAGCCAGCUCCACCUGCCACCUGCGCCAGAGUGGGGCUCAGUGCAUUGGCCCUGGGCCUGGUGGGUCCCUGCUGGUGCUGGUCCCUGCCCUCUGCCCACUGUGUGAGGAACAUCGCGACUGCCAUGCCUGCACCCAGGACCCCUUCUGUGAGUGGCAUCAGAGCACCAGCCGCAAAGGGGAUGCAGCAUGCAGCCGGCGGGGCCGGGGCCGGGGUGCCCUGAAGAGCCCAGAGGAGUGUCCCCCACUCUGUAGCCAGCGUCUGACCUGUGAUGACUGCCUGGCCAACUCCAGCCAGUGUGCCUGGUGCCAGUCCACUCACACCUGCUUCCUGUUUGCUGCCUACCUGGCCCGGUAUCCGCAUGGUGGCUGCCGCGGCUGGGACGACAGUGUGCACUCUGAGCCUCGGUGCCGGAGCUGCGACCGCUUCCUGACCUGCCACGAGUGUCUGCAGAGCCACGAGUGCGGCUGGUGCGGCAACGAGGACAACCCCACCCUGGGCCGGUGCCUCCAGGGGGACUUCUCAGGACCCUUGGGUGGGGGUAACUGCUCCCUGUGGGUGGGGGAAGGCCUGGGGCUAUCGGUGGCCCUCCCUGCACGCUGGGCCUACGCCCGCUGUCCCGACGUGGAUGAGUGCCGCCUUGGCCUGGCGCGUUGCCACCUGCGGGCCACCUGCCUGAACACACCCCUCAGCUACGAGUGCCAUUGCCAGCGGGGUUACCAGGGCGACGGCGUCACCUACUGCAACCGCACAUGUUUGGAGGACUGUGGCCAUGGCGUGUGCAGCGGCCCCCCUGACUUCACCUGUGUGUGUGACCUGGGCUGGACAUCCGACCUACCCCCACCCACGCCGGCCCCCGGCCCCCCAGCUCCCCGCUGCUUCCGGGACUGUGGCUGCAACUUCCACAGCCACUGUCACAAGCGGGGCCCCGGCGUCUGCGAUGAAUGCCAGGAUUGGACAUGGGGGGAACACUGUGAGCGGUGCCGGCCCGGCAGCUUUGGUAAUGCCACGGGCUCAGGCGGCUGCCGGCCCUGCCAGUGCAACGGGCACGGGGACCCUCGGCGUGGCCACUGCGACAACCUCAGUGGACUCUGCUUCUGCCAAGACCACACUGAGGGCGCCCAUUGCCAGCUCUGCUCCCCUGGCUACUAUGGGGACCCCCGGGCCGGUGGUUCUUGCUUCCGGGAGUGUGGGGGUCGUGCCCUCCUCACCAAUGUGUCCUCAGUGGCGCUGGGGUCACGCCGGGUAGCGGGGCUGCUGCCCCCUGGUGGUGGGGCAGCAAGGGCCGGGCCAGGCUUGUCCUACUGUGUGUGGGUUGUCUCAGCCACUGAGGCACUGCAGCCCUGUUCCCCAGGGACCCUCUGUCCCCCGCUCACCCUCACUUUUUCCCCUGACAGCAGCACCCCCUGCACGCUGAGCUAUGUGCUCGCCUUUGAUGGAUUCCCACGCUUCCUGGACACAGGCGUCGUCCAGUCAGACCGCAGCCUCAUCGCUGCCUUCUGUGGCCAGCGGCGGGACAGGCCCCUCACUGUGCAGGCCCUAUCCGGGCUGCUUGUGCUGCAUUGGGAGGCCAAUGGCUCCUCAUCCUGGGGCUUCAACGCUUCAGUGGGCUCUGCCCGCUGCGGGUCUGGGGGCCCCGGGAGCUGCCCUGUCCCCCAAGAGUGCAUGCCCCAGGACGGGGCGGGGGGUGCCGGGCUGUGCCGCUGUCCCCAGGGCUGGGCUGGCCCACACUGCCGCAUGCCUCUGUGUCCCGAGAACUGCAACUCCCACAGCGGCUGGGGGACUUGCAACCAGAGCCUGGGUGUGUGCAUCUGCAACGAAGGUUUCGGGGGCCCUGACUGUGCCACUAAACUGGACGGUGGGCAGCUGGUGUGGGAGACCCUCAUGGACAGCCGCCUCUCCGCUGACACUGCUAGCCGAUUCCUGCACCGCCUGGGCCACACCAUGGUGGAGGGGCCAGAGGCCACUUUGUGGAUGUUUGGAGGCCUGGGCCUGCCCCAGGGCCUUCUGGGAAACCUAUACAGGUACUCUGUAAGUGAGCGGCGUUGGACGCAGAUGCUGGCAGGAGCUGAGGAUGGGAGCCCUGGCCCCUCGCCCCGCUCCUUCCAUGCGGCUGCCUAUGUGCCUGCUGGCCGUGGGGCCAUGUAUUUGCUGGGAGGACUCACGGCUGGGGGUGUCACCCGAGACUUCUGGGUCCUCAACCUUACCACCCUGCAGUGGCGGCAGGAGAAGGCCCCUCAGACGGUGGAGCUGCCUGCAGUGGCUGGUCACACCCUGACUGCGCGCCGAGGCCUGUCCCUGCUUCUGGUGGGCGGUUACUCCCCUGAAAAUGGCUUCAACCAGCAGCUGCUUGAAUACCAGCUGGCUACAGGCACCUGGAUGUCUGGGGCCCAGAGUGGGACACCCCCUACAGGUCUCUACGGUCAUUCUGCAGUGUAUCAUGAGGCCACCGACUCCCUCUAUGUGUUUGGGGGUUUCCGCUUCCACGUGGAACUGGCAGCCCCAUCCCCUGAGCUCUACUCUCUGCACUGUCCUGACCGCACCUGGAGUCUGUUGGCCCCUUCACAGGGGGCAAAGCCCCGACCCCGGCUUUUCCACGCCUCAGCCCUGGUGGGGGACACCAUGGUGAUCCUUGGGGGACGCUCGGACCCUGACGAGUUCAGCAACGAUGUCCUACUGUACCAGGUCAACUGCAACACCUGGCUCCUGCCCGACCUAACCCGUCCGGCCUCUGUGGGAUCUCCGAUGGAAGAGUCUGUGGCCCAUGCCGUGGCAGCAGUCGGGGGCCGUCUGUACAUUUCGGGGGGGUUUGGGGGAGUGGCCCUGGGCCGCCUGCUAGCUCUGAAUCUGCCCCCUGACCCCUGUCGCCUGCUGCCCUCAGCUGAGGCCUGUAACCAGUCUGGGGCCUGCACCUGGUGCCAUGGGGCCUGCCUGUCUGGGGACCAGGCCCACAGGCUGGGCUGUGGGCCGCCCCCCUGCUCUCCCAUGCCUCGGUCUCCUGAGGAGUGCCGCCGCCUGCGCACAUGCAGUGAGUGCCUGGCCCGCCAUCCCCGGACGCUGCAGCCUGGAGAUGGAGAGGUGUCUGCUCCCCGAUGUAAGUGGUGUACCAACUGCCCCGAGGGUGCCUGUAUUGGGCGCAACGGCUCCUGCACCUCGGAAAAUGACUGUCGGAUCAACCAGCGAGAAGUCUUCUGGGCUGGAAACUGCUCAGAGGCCGUGUGUGGGGCAGCUGACUGCGAGCAGUGCACCCGGGAGGGCAAGUGCAUGUGGACGCGCCAGUUCAAGAGGACGGGGGAGACACGCCGCAUCCUGUCAGUUCAACCCACAUAUGACUGGACGUGCUUCAGCCACUCUCUGCUCAAUGUGUCUCCUAUGCCGGUGGAGUCAUCGCCCCCACUCCCCUGCCCCACACCUUGUCACCUCCUGCCCAACUGCACCUCCUGCCUGGAUUCCAAAGGAGCGGAUGGGGGCUGGCAGCACUGCGUGUGGAGCAGCAGCCUCCAGCAGUGUCUGAGCCCCUCCUACCUGCCUCUGCGGUGUAUGGCCGGAGGCUGCGGGCGGCUCCUCCGAGGGCCUGAGAGCUGCUCCCUGGGCUGUGCCCAGGCAACCCAGUGUGCCCUGUGCCUGCGUCGCCCCCACUGUGGCUGGUGUGCCUGGGGGGGCCAGGACGGGGGCGGCCGCUGCCUGGAGGGUGGCCUCAGCGGCCCCCGUGAAGGUCUGAUGUGUGGACACUCUGGGGCCUCCUGGGCCUUCCUGUCCUGCCCCCCUGAGGACGAGUGUGCCAACGGGCACCAUGACUGCAAUGAGACACAGAACUGCCAUGACCGGCCACAUGGAUAUGAGUGCAGCUGCAAGACGGGCUACACCAUGGACAACGUGACGGGGCUGUGCCGGCCCGUGUGCGCCCAGGGCUGUGUGAAUGGCUCGUGUGUGGAGCCCGACCACUGCCGCUGCCACUUCGGCUUUGUUGGCCGCAACUGCUCCACAGAGUGUCGCUGCAACCGCCACAGCGAGUGUGCCGGCGUGGGCGCCCGAGACCAUUGCCUGCUGUGCCGAAACCACACCAAGGGCAGCCACUGUGAGCAGUGCCUCCCGCUUUUUGUGGGCUCAGCCGUGGGGGGUGGAACCUGCCGGCCCUGUCAUGCCUUCUGCAGAGGCAACAGUCAUGUGUGCGUCUCCAGGAAGGAGCUUGAGAUGGCCCGGAAGGAGCCAGAGAAAUACUCCCUGGAUCAAGAGGAGAUUGAAAACUGGGUGGCAGAAGGCCCGAGUGAAGAUGAGGCAGUGUGUGUGAACUGCCAGAACAACAGCUAUGGGGACAAGUGUGAGAGCUGCCUCCACGGCUACUUCCUCCUGGACGGGAAGUGCACCAAAUGCCAGUGUAAUGGCCACGCAGACACAUGCAACGAGCAGGACGGGACAGGCUGCCCAUGUCAGAACAACACAGAGACGGGCACUUGCCAGGGCAGCUCCCCCAGUGAUCGCCGAGACUGCUACAAGUACCAGUGCGCAAAGUGCCGUGAGUCCUUCCAUGGGAGCCCACUGGGCGGCCAGCAGUGCUACCGCCUCAUCUCUGUGGAACAGGAGUGCUGCCUGGACCCCACAUCCCAAACCAACUGCUUCCAUGAGCCCAAGCGCCGGGCCCUGGGCCCUGGACGCACCGUGCUCUUUGGUGUGCAACCUAAGUUCACCAACGUGGACAUCCGCCUGACAUUGGAUGUGACCUUCGGGGCUGUGGACCUCUACGUCUCCACCUCCUACGACACCUUUGUGGUCCGUGUGGCCCCCGACACGGGCAUCCACACCGUGCACAUCCAGCCGCCCCCGCCCCCACCACCCCCUCCCCCAAAUGCUGAGGGUGGGCCCAGGGCAGCUGGUGAUCCUGGAGGCACAGGGGCCAGCAUCGGACCAGGCAGCCCAGCAGAACCUCGGGUACGAGAGGUGUGGCCACGGGGCCUGAUCACCUACGUGACCGUGACGGAGCCAUCCACUGUGCUGGUGGUUCGGGGUGUGCGGGACCGGCUGGUCAUCACCUACCCCCACGAGCACCACGCCCUAAAGUCCAGCCGCUUCUACCUGCUGCUGCUGGGCGUGGGGGACCCCAAUGGGCCUGGCGCCAACGGCUCGGCAGACUCACAGGGCCUGCUCUUCUUCCGGCAGGACCAGGCCCAUAUCGACCUGUUUGUCUUCUUCUCUGUCUUCUUUUCCUGCUUCUUCCUCUUCCUUUCGCUCUGUGUGCUCCUUUGGAAGGCCAAGCAGGCCUUGGACCAACGGCAGGAGCAGCGCCGGCACCUGCAGGAGAUGACCAAGAUGGCCAGCCGGCCCUUCGCCAAGGUCACCGUCUGCUUCCCGCCUGAUCCCACUGCCUCAGCCCCUGCCUGGAAGCCAACGGGGCUCCCACCACCCAACUUCCGCCGCUCGGAGCCUUUCUUGGCACCACUGCUACUGACAGGGGCCGGUGGGCCCUGGGGACCUGUAGGCGGGGGCUGCUGCCCCCCAGCCUUGCCCCCCACCACUGCUGGCCUACGGGCGGGGCCCAUCACCCUGGAGCCCACAGAGGACGGCAUGGCUGGGGUGGCCACACUGCUGCUCCAGCUGCCCGGCGGGCCUCACGCACCCAAUGGUGCCUGCUUGGGGUCAGCCCUGGUCACGCUGCGUCACAGGCUGCACGAGUACUGCGGGGGUGGUGGGGGCGCGGGAGGCAGUGGUCACGGGGCUGGCGCAGGCCGGAAGGGACUGCUGAGCCAGGACAACCUCACCAGCAUGUCCCUCUGACAGGCAGGGAGGGCCCUCGGCCACAGCAUUCAACCCCCCUCCCCCCCACAGGGCUGCCCAGGGCACUGUGUCCUCAGAGACCUCUGGUUCCCUUCCCCUGGGGGUCCCAAGACAGGACCCUUGUUGCUCUGCUUUCAACAGUUAUUUAUUGAAUACUUACUAUGUGCCAGGCACUGUUGAAGACACUGGGCAAGGCAAGAAACCGGGGCAGGUAAGGUGUCCUGGUCUCCGGGGACCCAGGUUCUACUGAAGGAGACAAUCAGCAAGCAGUCUCUCUCUGUCUCCAUCUCUCUCUCUCUUUUUCACUCACAUCUCUCUCACAUCUCUCUCUCUCACACACACACACACACACACACACACAUACUCCACGUAUAUGACACUACAUGCACCACGUGUCAGAGAGUGGAGCACUGUGAGGGGUCACAGGAUGUGACUGGGGAUAGAGGCUAGUGGGCUGGGCACCUCGAGAAGUGAGGCUGGAACAGGGCAUACCUGGCUGAGGGACGAGCUGCAGGGAGUGGGUUCCAGGCAGACACAACAAGGUCAGAGCCUCCCAGGUGGGAGUCAGCCGGCCAGUGGGGCCCAAGACCGAGUGAUGAACAGGUGAGGGUGGUUGCAGGCAGGGGCUGGAUCAUCCAGAGCCUGGGGCCCCAGAUAGGGCUCUGGGCUUUGUUCUCAGGACAGUGGGAAAUCAUUGGAUAGUUUUGUGGGGUUUUGUUUUUGUUUUGUUUUUUGUUUGCACUAGGGUCUUGUUCAUGUGGGAUUCCAUUGCUCCUGGUGGACGUUUUAAAGAUUUUCAGAGACAGGGAAAGUGACAGAAAGGAAACACCAUAGCACCACUCAUGCUGCGCAUGGUGCUUCCAUAUGGGUGUCAGGGGCUUAAACCCCAGUCCUCACACAUGGUAAAGUGUGUACUCUACCAGGUGAGCUAGCACACACACACACACACCCGCACCCGGGACGGGAUAGUUUUAUGAAGGAGAAUGGCAGGAUCCGACAAGCCUUGUAUGACAGGCAACUGUGGUCUGGGAAAUGGAUUAGAGGGGAGAAGGUGGCAGCAGAGGCACUAGCUAGACCAAGGUGCUUGGCCAGGAGAGGGUCAGGAUGAGCUGUGAAGAGCUCAGGAGGCCAGUGUCAGAAUUCAAACAUGCUUUUGAUAGCUCUGCAUCCCAGCCUGACCCAGGAGACAGGAACAGCUCCCAGUAACUCAAUGAAAGGCACUGAGCUCAGGAUUGGUGGUACUGGUGAGGGACAUAAUGACAAGAUGGAGUGAGGCACAGAGAGGCAGCCAGGAACCCACAGGAAGCAGGGAGUGGCUGCCCCUAUCCUUGGACUGGGGGAGCAAAGCCAGGGUCCCUCCACAGCCUGGUUGAGAGGGAGCUCCAGGAGACCAAGCUGUCUGAGAUGCCACCACAAGUUGAAUGAGGCAUGGGGGGUGGGGAGGAACGGGACGGACACUAAGGUUGGAAACAAAUGGUGGAGUCCUCAGUACAGCUCUUUUAUCUGAAAAAGCUGCGUCAAAGACUCCCUUGUGAGCUUCUCAACCAUUUGAGGACUGCCAUCCUGGCCACCUUGAACUUGGGACUUUGCUUCUUUCCCAAGACUUCCCAGCUGCCUUUUUGAACCAUGAGGAGCUGGGCCUGCCCCACCGUCCAACCUGCUGGGAGCCUCUGUCCAUGUGGGUGUGGCAGAGGGGAGUCUAAGAAGGGGGAGUGAUUGAGUCAACAAUAAAAAAGUCUGGAGAGACCAG